AUGGAGGUGAUUGGGACUUCUUCUUCUGGUGCUGCUGGUUCUGUUACUGCUGUUGAUGAUGUUAAUAUCCCCCCUCUUCGAGAAAAGUAUGAUGUGUUUAUUAGUUUCAGAGGUGAGGACACCCGUCUUACUUUUACCAGCCAUCUUUAUGAUGCCUUACUUCGCAAGAAAAUCGAAACCUACAUGGACUACAGGCUGGAGAGAGGAGACGAAAUUGGACCCGCCUUACGAGAAGCAAUAGAGAAAUCAAGGCUUUCGGUGAUCAUUUUCUCCGAAAACUAUGCGUCUUCCACAUGGUGCUUGAAUGAACUCGUGCAUAUACUCGAAUGCAAAAGGAAAUAUGGCCAGAUGGUUGUAUCCAUUUUUUACGACACCAGUCCAUCAGAUGUGCGAAAACAAAAGCGGAGUUAUGCAGAUGCAUUUGCUCAACAUGAAAAUCGUGAGGACACCAGGGAUAAGGUGAACGUUUGGAAAGCUGCUUUGGUGGAAGCAACCGGUUUAUCUGGGUUUGAUUAUUCAAACAAAAAAUGGUAA